CGAAAGCCUUGUUAUUCAUUUCUUUUUAGGGUUUUACUAAAUUCCCAAUUCCCAAUUCUCACUGUACAUGGAUUCUACGUUUCUACACCUCUGCAUCAAUCAAUGGCAGUCUUAACUACCAACGGCCUGCAAAUCACAAUCAUGAUCCACCAAUAGCAUGGUCUCUACUCUCUAGAAUUUCCCUACCACUUCUUCACCAGAAUCAAGCUUAGACCCCGUUUGGACACAGGCUUAUUGCAGCUUAUUGGAGCUUAUCUACGAGAAAAGUACACUAAAUAAGCUUCAAAAAGUGUUUUUUUGGGUUUGCAUCCAAAAGGGUACUUAAUCUCAGAAGGGGGAAACUCCUAACAGUAUGGGCAACCUGCUGGUGAAAAAUUCUGCAUCGGGUAGCCUUAGAUUCUGGAGAAAGCGCAAGGAUAACAACAAGCAUGUAGUUUCAGAAGAUUCAAGUUUAGAAGAGGAAGUUCCAUGGGAACCUUUUGUUCCUCUUACAGACGAGGAAAGAGCUGAGAUUUUACUUGCCUUUUCUGCUGACAGGGAAAAGGUAUUGGUUACUCAUGAUAAAACUAGCAUUGAGAUCCCGGCCGGAAAGUUUCAGUGCCUAAUAGAAGGGGCAUGGUUAAAUGAUGAGGUGAUAAAUUUGUACCUUGAGUUGCUGAAAGAGAGGGAGAGAAGAGAGCCAUGGAAGUUUCUGAACUGUCAUUUUUUCAGUACCUUUUUCUACAAGAAGUUAACAAUUGGCGAGAAUGGUUAUGAUUUCAAAUCUGUGAAGAGAUGGACCAGCCGAAAGAAGUUGGGAUAUGGCUUACAUGAAUGUGAUAAAAUAUUUGUACCUAUUCAUAAAGGUGCCCAUUGGCGUCUUGCUGUCAUCAAUAAUAAAGAUAAGAAAUUUCAGUAUCUUGACUCAAUGAAAGUAAAUGAUACCCAUGUUCUGGAGGUUCUGGCUAGAUAUUAUGCAGAUGAAGUAAAGGACAAGACUGGAGAAGAUAUGGACGUAAGCUCUUGGGAAAAAGAAUUUGUUGAAGACCUUCCUGAACAGAAGAAUAUGUCUGAUUGUGGGGUGUUUAUGAUCAAAUAUGCUGACUUUUAUGGCAGAAACCUGGGACUGUGUUUCAAGCAGGAGCAUAUGCCUUACUUCCGGCUUCGAACAGCUAAGGAAAUCUUGAGAUUGAAAGCUGACUAAGCAAAAGAAGGAUCUUUCCGAUUCCAAGGAGGCAUUGUUUACAGCUUUAGAAAAUGAUUCCGAAGAAUCUUAUUCCUGGGAAUGCAAAGAUGGGCUAGGGCCUUUAAAAUAAGUGAUUGGUUCUGGCAUUUUUGGUGAAGGACUCUUCACCUCUGUAACUAACUAUAUUGACAAUAGCAAUUCAUGAGUUCUGGCAUUUGUUAUAUUGUAGAGACCGGACUUACUUUACACAUCAUCUUAGGUUGUAUAUAGGAAUCCAUAAAUGACGCCUUUCAUUUAAGGUCAAGGUGUUAAUUAUGUAAUGAUAAAUGUGCUUCCUAACU